GCCGCAAAGUAUAAAUAGUGUAACUUCAAUCGAGGAUCACCAGCAGGUUCUCGUCUGCGCGUCUCCAGGAGGAGCGACUGGCGCACAGCAUCUACCUUCAUAUAUGUUUUACCUUCUUCCAGAGUUGGCAGCAGCAGCAUCAGCAGCAGCUCGUAUCAUUUUCAAGGGGGGGGUCGACUUUAAAAAAAAUAAAAGAAAAACCAAACUGCAACCAUUGGUGUCUUAAGCCGCCGUGGAGCAGCGGGAGAGUGCGCGAGAGAGUGAGUGUGAUUUUUUUUUUUUUUUUUUUUUUUUUUUUUUUUUUAAGAGGAGAGUGAUGGAAGAGCUCACCGCGUUCGUGUCUAAGUCUUUCGAUCAGAAAGUGAAGGAGAAGAAGGAGGUAAUAACCUACCGGGAGGUGUUGGAGACGGGCUCGGCGCGCGUAGGGAGCAGGGAGCCUUUAUCGGCGGAGCAGGGGAGCCGGGAGGAGGCGGCCGUCGUCAGCCGGAACGUCGCGCUCUCACCGGGCAGGGAAACGGACAUGCUCGGUCCGGAAAGAAUACGAGACGCCGGGAGCCCCAAACUCAUUGACGGCACCACAGAUAUGAAGGAGAGGAAAGACGAUUCGAAGCCUUUAGAGGACGACACACAGACUAAAAUCAAACAGAGGAGAAGUCGGACUAACUUCACAUUAGAGCAACUUAACGAGCUGGAGCGGCUCUUUGACGAGACGCACUAUCCGGACGCGUUCAUGCGCGAAGAGCUGAGCCAGAGACUGGGACUGUCCGAGGCCCGAGUACAGGUUUGGUUUCAGAACAGAAGAGCCAAGUGCAGAAAACAGGAGAACCAGCUACAUAAAGGAGUCCUGAUUGGAGCAGCGAAUCAGUUUGAAGCAUGCCGUGUCGCGCCAUAUGUCAACGUGGGGGCUUUACGGAUGCCAUUCCAACAGGAUAGUCAUUGCAACGUGCCACCCUUCUCCUUUCAGGUGCAGGCGCAGCUGCAGCUGGACAGCGCCGUGGCUCACGCGCAGCACCACCUGCACUCACACCUGGCAGCGCACGCGCCCUACAUGAUGUUCCCCACGCCGCCCUUCGGGUUGCCCCUGGCGACCCUGGCGGCUGAUUCCGCUUCUGCCGCGUCGGUCGUGGCCGCCGCCGCCGCCGCAAAGAACACCAGCAAGAACUCCAGCAUCGCCGACCUGAGACUGAAGGCCAAAAAACACACGGCCGCGCUGGGACUGUGACGGCGGGACAUUAGGACCGAGAGACACUGACACCCAAGGACACAGCCAGAAGGACGAUAUUUAUGAUUUGGUUUUUUUUUUUUUUUUAAUGAAGGACUAUCACUAUAAAACAUAUAGGCUAUUUAUGAGAUAAAGAAAACACAGCCGACACAGAGGUCAUUUUUGGAUGCCCAAAAAAAGUGGCACGGAGAACGUUCCAUGGCAACGGACAGCAAAGACUUCAGGUUCUAUCAUCUGCGCUGCCACGUGGAGCACGAGGACGCAUCUUGGACCGUGUGUCAAACAAGGCGAACCAUUUAAUAUUAUUUCAUUUCGAACCUUUGUAGAGGCUGGCCUCGUUAUAUGUUUAAAAAGAAAUUCUCUGUUAGAGGACAGAGCGGGAAUAUGUUGACAAAAUGUGACUAAAAGAAGGCAAUAUUGGAAGUAUUUCUCUUCUGUUUUCUUGUCAAGAAAUUCAGAAUAACCCAGCAGUGUUUGCAUGAGUACCUGGCUCCCUGAAGAAAGGGGAACAGAUCACUCUGCCACUUGAAUGUUUGCCCUUGUUUGACCCCAACGACAUAUCAGAUAUGUGAGAUUAUAUUCGGCUGAACUUUUGGGUCUGGACAAUAUUUACAAGCUGUACUCAUCUAUGUCCCUAACGGUGAACAAAUAACAACAGGACUGUAUGAGAGUCGGUACGAGCACGUGUAAAAUAUGUUUAUACACAAGAAACAUGCAUUAUUUUUAUUAUUUAGUGUCUUUAUGAAUGCCUUGUGGGGAAUUUGUUUAUUUUCUUUUUUCCCCCCUUUAUUUACGUGUAUUAAAAUCAUGUGUUUUCUGUAUGUAAUUUUGAUGUUUUUAUAGUGAAAAGUGAACUUAUACCUGGAGGCACAGGUUUCCAAAAAAGACAAGAAAAUUCAUCAAGAUAUUUUUCUUUUUUUCCAUCACUCGUGAACCGUGAAUCCACCUAAAGAAACAUGUUUUUUUUCCCUAUAAUAAAUUAACAAAUGUUUCUUUAU